GUCGAGUCUCUACUGGGCAUGAACGGUGUAGGCACCUCUGCUGCAACAUCAGUCCUGCUGUGACUGGUGCCCACCGCGGGAACGGAAGGGACCAUGCAGGGAGAUCCCAGAAGCUGGGAAAUGGAAAACACUUCAAAACAUGGAAAUCUUUGGAAUUUCUAAUUCAUUUUGGGGGAGGAGUUUAAUUACAAACCCCUAAUGCAGUGUUUUAGGACUCAGUGAUCCUUGAGGAUGUGGCUGUGAUCUUUACCCUGGAAGAGUGGGCUUUACUGAAUCCUUCACAGAAGAAACUCUACAGAGAUGUGAUGUGGGAAACCUUCAGGAACUUGGCUUCUGUAGGUAAAGUAUGGGAAGAUCAUGACAUUGAAGAUCAGUAUAAAAACCAGAAAAGAAAACGAAGAAGACAUAUGUCAGAGAGAAUCUGUGAAGGGAAAAAUGUUGGUCAAUGUGGAGAUAACACCAACCUUAUUCCAAAUCUCAAUCUGGAGAAGAAAACUCUUCCUGGAAGAAAAUCAUGUGACUGUAUCAUGUUUAAUGAAGUCUUCCUGGAUGGCUCAUCCCGUAACAGGCACACCCAAUGUUACACUGGACACAAGUUUUCUGAGUAUCAGAAACAUGGAGAGAAGCCAUAUAAAUGUGGUAUAUGUGGGAGAGCCUUCAGCUACCUCCAGUGCUUUGAAAAUCACGAAAGGACGCACAAUGGAGAGAAACCCUAUAAAUGUGCGGAAUGUGGGAAAACCUUCAUGUGGCUCAAAACCCUUCAGAGACACACGAUCAUACACACUGCAGAUGCUCCUUACAGAUGUAAGGUGUGUGCGAAAACCUUUAGUUCUUCAACUUCUCUUCAGACAUGUGAGAGAGCCCACACUGGAGAGAAGCCUUAUCCGUGUAAGAAAUGCAGUAAAGCCUUCAUGCAUCCCAGUCAACUUCAAAUACAUGAAAAAAGUCACAGUGCAGAGAAACCGUAUGAAUGUAGGAUGUGUGGAAAGGCCUUCAAAUAUUUCAAGUCUUUAGAACCACACAAAAUGACUCACACAGCAGAAAAGCCCUAUGAAUGUAAGGAGUGUGGAAGAGCAUUCAGACACUACAGUUCCUUAGAAAUACACAAAAGUUUUCACACCGGAGAGAAAUCCUAUGAAUGUAAACAUUGUGGUAAAACCUAUAGUUAUCCCAGCUCCCUCAAAGGACACAUGAAAAUGCACACUGGAAACACUCCUUAUCAGUGUCAGCAGUGUGGGAAAGCAUUCACUCUCCUCAGGUCAUACCGAAAUCAUGAAAGGUAUCACACUGCAGAGAAGACCUAUCAGUGUAAAAAGUGUAGUAAAGCAUUCAUGUACCCCAGCUGUCUUCAACGACAUGAAAGAACUCACAAUGAAGAGAAACCCUAUGAAUGUAGGAUAUGUGGGAAGGCCUUUAAAUAUUUCAGAUCCUUAGAACCACAUGAAAUGACUCACACAGCAGAAAAGCCCUAUGAAUGUAAGGAAUGUGGAAAAGCCUUCAGAUAUUACAGUUCCUUAGAGAUACACAAAAAGUUUCACACUGGGAAGAAAUCCUAUGAAUGUAAACAUUGUGGUAAAGCCUAUAGUUAUCCCUGCUCCCUCAAAGGACACAUGAAAAUGCACACUGGAAACACUCCUUAUCAGUGUCAGCAGUGUGGGAAAGCAUUCACUUGCCUUAGUUUGUAUCAAAGACACGAAAGAACUCAUACUGGGGAGAAACCCUAUGAAUGUAAACAGUGUGGUAAAACCUAUAAAGAUCACAGUAACUUACAAAUACAUGAAAGGAAUCAUACUGGAGAGAAACCCUAUAAAUGUAAAGAAUGCAGAAAAGCCUUCACUUGUAACAAAAACCUCCAAUUACAUGUGAAAAGGCACAAUGGAGACAAACCACAUAAAUGUGAAGAAUGUGGGAAAGCCUUUGUUGACCGCUCAUCCUUACGAAGGCAUAAGAGGAGUCACUGAAUAAAACCUAGUGAAUGUAAAUGAUGUGGGAAAGAUUUCAGUUAUUCCUCUCCUUUCCAGAGACAUCCGAGGACUCACUGGGUAAAACCUCAUGAAUGUUAAGUGUGUGGGAAAAAUCUCAGCUGGUCCACAUUUUCGUAUGUGAUGACUUCCACUAAAGGGAAUAAAAAUGUAAAUAACCUGAUAGAGCUUGAUGGAAAUUUAUAUAUAUAUAUAUAUAUAUAUAUAUAUAUAUAUAUAUAAUGUUUCAGAAAACUUUCAAGAGUAAAGAGUUGUUUUUAAAAUUGCAGAUAAUUGUGGUUUCCCAGUCACACAUUGAAAUGACCAUUUGCCCUUUAAUGUCGAGUGUUUGAACUGCUGUGUAACAGUGGACCCUGUGGUCAAACCUGUGUGGUUCAGGGGUCAACUGGUUUCUUUCAGAAAUGAGUAUUAUAGUGUGAUAAUUCUGGGGCAUGUCUUUCAACAACAUGACAUAACAUUAAUAACCAGUUAUUUUUCAUUGAGUCAUUGCUGACUCUUUGAAGCCCGUUAAUGUGUGAGUUCCAGUAUAUUUCUAAUAUGGAAACAGAUUUUUUAAAUGAUAUUUUAGCUUAUGUUAAAAUGGCAUUAAAAGUUGCUAUUUUUUUUAUUUUGCUAUUUGGAUUUUUUUUUACUGGCCAUGUGAAAUGUGAUGGACAAUCCUAGUGCAGUAUAUAUAUGUUAUAUAUAUAUCAAAUAUAUCCCUUUAUUACUGACAAUGCCUUAUGCAGUGGGGGUAAUUGGUAUAAGAGGUUUUCCCCCAUGUUCCUUAGCAAUAAAUGGAAUAAAUAUUUAUGUGUGUUAAGUUUAUGAAAGAACAUAUUUCCAUGUGAACUUACUUUACUGUUUAAUCUUGUGAUUUUUUCCCUCCUGACUAGCAUGUUAGAUAUUUUGAUUUAAGAGGAGAGACCUGUGAUGUGACCAAAAAUCAAUGUUUGGAGAUACUCCCUUGUAAGUAACGUUAGGAACUAGAUUUUCCAGAAUUUAUACUGUGAGAUUCCAUAUUAGACUUUACCAGUAGCCUCACUUGAUGAGAUAGAGAAGGCCUAUCUCAAAAACCCGUUAGUCAGCUUGUAGAGCCACCACACAUGGAAAUGGAAUGAUACAUAGAGGUUUAACAUAGGGCACCAUUUUCCAGGUCAUUUUUUGGAUUCUUUGCCCUUCCAGUCAAGAGUAUCUUCAACUAUGGCCUGUUUGAUUUCUUAGAGGUGUAGUUUACCAGUGAUUUCUUCACAAGAUUCACACCAGGGACCCAUCAGAGUGGCUUUUGCUUAAGCUUUCUUGUGUCCGCCUAGAAGCUAGUUGAACUUCUCAUGCAUGGGACCAUCGUCUGAUUCUUUGGUUCUCUAGGUGUUAUCUGUAUAAGACCUACUUUGUACAGGGAACAGCUUGUGCUGUUGAUAGUACUGGAAGGUAUGUUUUGUUGAUCCGUAUUUACAAUGAUGCAUUGGAUAAAAGAACAUGGAGUUUGUUUCUCUACUGCAUUGUGCAGUAGUUGGCUCGAUCUGGUCUUUCAGCGGGAUAGUAAGCACCUUCCUCCUGUCAGGAAUACUGGAUAUUUGUUGUUACUUUUAGGUAAAUGUAAGCUCUCAGAAUGUUUUCAUUUAUGUUUGAUUGUAUGUCAUUAAAACUGCAAUCUUUUUGUCAGCAAAUAUUUCUACAGUCAUCUCAUACAAAUGUUUUAUUAACUGUGUUUUAAGCAAUAGAGUGCUAAAUACUCUGUUAGAGGGUGUGAUUUCUAUUUAAGGAAACAGACCUUUUCUAUAUUGAAUCCUGUGAAGCGGUAAACUCUGUCCUGCAUCACCAUUCACAGUGUUUGUUUUCUAUAAGUUAAAAACAAUAUAGUGGUGCUAACCUUAAUUUGUAAGAGGCUCUAGUCAGGGAUAUUAAUAUGAAGUGGGGAAUAUUCUUACUUGGAACUAUCUUUUACCAUUUUUAGAGAUAUGUUAUGAAAUACUGCGAUAAAUGUCAUGGUCUCCCUGUCUAACUAACAGUGCUCCUUGUGGGGGAUUCUGGAUAUAAAUUUUUUUGAGGGGACCAAGUCUGAGGGAAGCUUGGCUGCGUCUGAGCAAAGCAGGGAUUGCCUUUCCAGAGGGGCCUUGCAGGUGGGUGCAGCAGUGUUUCCCAGAAGUGCGUGAGGCCAGAGGGCUGGGGACUAGACCAGAGGCUGAACUUGGGAUCUGUCAGGAUGGCUGGGCUGCCCUGCUGGGUUAUCAGGAAACCCAGAGUUUGCUGGCAGACCCAGAUGACAGCCACACCCCUAUUUUCAUGUGGUCGUUGUUGCCCCCAGGAUUCCCACUUUGAGGGAGGAACUUUUAAACUUGAACUAUUUCUUUCAGAAGAAUACCCAAUGGCAGCAUCUAAAGUAUGUUUCAUGACCAAAAUUUAUCACCCUAAUGUAGACAAGUUGGGAAGGAUGUGUUUAGAUAUUUUGGAAGGUAAGUGGUGCCCAGCACCGCAGAUCCCCGCAGUUCUGCUAGUGAUCCAGUCUCUGUGAAGCGCUCCCAGUCCAGACGAUCCAUGAGCUAACGAUACAGGGAGCAGUGGAGGACCAACGACGCCCAAGGCUGGAGACAGCCAGAGCAUGGACUAGGCUGUACGCCACGAAUAGCACUUAAACCGAUCUGGUCAUCACGUGUGCAUCGCUUCUUCUGUUCUGCCUGGACUUCUUCCUUUUCUGUUUACAUUUAAUGGACACAGCCUUAGAAAUAUUACAGAAUAAAAUCCCAGGCAUCUUCAGUCCUUUGGUGA